AUGGACGAAGCGGGACAAAUUGAAGACGCAAAGUUGUUUGCCAUCCUGGCACGCUAUCCGAUGCUGAAAAAAAUAAUCCUCGUUGGCGACCCGCAGCAAUUGCAGCCCUACGUGCCACAGACGAUGCGGGAGCUCGGCUACGGAAAAAGCACGAUGGAGCGUAUCAUGGAAAUUGCCAAGCAAGCACAGCUACCGAGCGGACAGAUGUGCCACGUGAUGUUGGACGAGCAGCAUCGGAUGCCACCCAUGAUAUCGAACGUGAUCUCCGGCUUGUACUACAAUGGUAGGCUGCGAGAUGCACAGGCAAGCAUGCACAAUGGACCGAGAGCAGGUCUGCCGUGGAAGCCACUUGUCGUCAUUGACUACCAGGGAGGGCAGAUGAAAUGGUGCAGUGCCUCUCGGUCUUUCAGUAACGAGAACGAGGCUGAGGUCGUGCGUGUGGUAGUCGACUUUGUAACGCAAAAUGCAGGUGGCAUGCUUGAUCCGCCGCAGCGGUUGUCCAGUCGUGACUUCUGUAUCCUAACGCCGUUUCGCGCCCAUAACAACCUACUCAAGUAAGUAAAUACGUUUUUCAUUUUGUGCACUUGAUCAUGUAGUGAUUAGCGUGGCAUCUGUCUACGGCUCGGUAUGGGUCAUCAAGAACCUCGCAGCAAAGUGAACAUCAAAAUUAACUGCAUCAAACACAGGAGAAAGCUAGCGGGCCAGACAGCAGAACAGAUCGCAGAUGAAGAAGAUGACAGUUUCAACGCCGACCCGGAUCGGGAGUUUCAGUCGCCAUUUUUUCAAGCGACAGCACAAGCUUCACAAAUUCCCAAAGGAAACAUCGAUACGGUAGACAGGUUUCAAGGGUCGGAGAAGGCUGUGGUAUUUGUCUCUGCGUGCGUAGACUCGAAUCUGUCCCGUGCCGCAGAUCCGCACUUCAUCAACGUAGCCUGUUCGCGUGCGAAGCACAUGCUGUUUUUAGUUGGGAAUUUUUCUGCGCUGGGAAAGCAUCCAGAUUGGAGGUGCUGGUUGGAGGAAGCGCAAGCAGAAGGCGUGUACAUUAAUCUAGGGGAUGUGAGCAACCUGAUCACCGUAAACACGAUGUUGCGGCAAACACUGCUCGCGCCACAGGAUUCACGCCCGAGCCGAGGACCAGGAUUCAUGCCCGACACAAGGGCCAGAUCGCCGAGAAGGCAGGAGCGAUCUGGCUCCCCAUUGCGGAUGAUCAACCCAUUGCGUUGAUCGAACAAUCGGAACAAUAGUUGCAGAACGUAAGGGGUGUACUCGUUCCCGUGUAAACGUCCCGCUGGUGUUCUUGAGCUCUUACUUAGUGACAAAAAAGGGCUGAUAGAAGUGUUCUGCGUGAUUGGUUGGCUUCUGAACGAUUUUUCCCUUUGUUGCUCUGUUUGCUCGGACAGCAUGGCAAGAUGGAAGAGGAAGGUGUCAAAAGUGCGAGGCAUUCUUUUUUUUAGCAGGGUCAUACCGAUCGUGAUCGUGU